AAACUUUGACAUAAUCGAAACCGAGAUUGAACAAUGUGGUAUACGGUCUUUUGAUAACUUUAUCGUACAUUCAAGUUUGCAUGAAAGGCCGUUAAUUAAGAUAACCAAAAGGUAAAAAUUGCUCAAAUGCUUAUCUUAAUAUUUACAUGAUUUGUUUAUAGAAUGAAGCAGAAAUUGGAAAUAAUAUUUCAUGAGUAUUUAAAGCAAUGCUCGAACAUAAAUGAACAAAAAACAAUCAAAGACAUGCUUGCUUUCUUUGAAGGAAAUGUUCUUGAGCAGCUUUUGAAUGGAAUCGAUUUAAAUGCAAUGUUUACAAAAGAAGAAAAUCUACCAGGCAUUGAUAGUUAUGUUGCAAUUAUCAGCCGAGACAUAUAUAAGCUGUUUCUUGUGGUAUCAUAUCUAUUUUAUCUCAACACGCUGAUAAAAAAAAGGCUAGACAUGUCUGCCAAAGGUAAAUGGAUACAAAAAAAUUUGGCAUAUGCGAUAUCAGUAGAUAAAUGGUUAUUGGAUAAUAUGUUUGGCACAAAAGAAGAUUUGACUGAACUACUCUUUGCGAGUGGAAUUCUGCAAAGAAACAAUCAUCGACGAAAGGCACAGAUUAUUACACGGGGAGAAGAAAUUUUGCCUGCUAUUGAACAGAAGCUAACAGAUUUCAACUUUAAGAUGAAGUCUUAUUUUGUUGUUUCUCAAUUACAUCAAACAUAUAUCCAGCUAACCCUCCACCAAGUUGUCAUUGUUUCGGAAGAUGAAACAAGUUCUACUACAAUCAUAGUCGAAGAUAAAAUAAUACAGAUAGAGGAUGUAUAUGACACCCUUUGUAAAACUACCUGGGGUUCUAAGAUAUAUCCCACUAGCUAUAUCGACUACUGUACUGCACAUGAGGAUAGUAUGCAUAUCUUGCGUAAUCUCGAGUCAUUAUUCAGUUAUGACAGGUAUUGUCAAGAAGUUAAGUUGGCCGUGCCGGAGCUUGUUCAUUUUAACAAGACUAUGUACUUAAAAUUUGAACAUAAUAUAUGUUUCAAUGAAGAAAAAUGUGAUUGUAGUAUCAUUAUUGAUCCUCAAAAUAUUGUUGAUAUUGGUAUGAAGUCAGUCAUACAAGAUAUUGCAACUAUAAUGGCGGGUUCAUUAACAAACACCGAAUUGUUUGGAAACUACGAAGUGGAUUUCUUGUUUGUUUUGGGAAAUGUAUUUAAUAUUCCUCAUAAUUCGAUGGCCUAUAUUGUUUACAGCAAUAUGUUACAAGAAUCAGUUAGUAAUAGUAUAGACCUAAAAGAGAAAUAUACACAAGGACUUGUUAUACGUGAGCCACUUUGCGAGUUAUUACAUUCUACUACGAAUAUAAAACCAUACAUUUAUGACAGAUUCAUUGCCGGGUCUUUAAAAAAGGUAUCAAGAAGCACAUAUGGUAUUCGAUUUCGUGAAGAUAUCAUCCGAUACUUGCCAUUUUCACGUAUAAACUGUUAUGGCGAUAUUACUGGUAUUGGUGCUAAUGAUGGCAGCUAUUUGGUGGUCCUCCAAACGGGACAAGAGAUUCCAAUUUCAGGAUUGAAGUUAAAUCUCGAAAUUACUAUUUUAUCAGGAACAAACUGCGAGAAUUUAAGUUUAGAUAUUAUUCGAGUCGAGUAUUCAGGUGAGAGUGUUAAUGGUUUCAACGUCUUAGAAGAAGCCACCCAGGGCGCAUCAUCCAGCAUUUACAUCGGUGGCGGUUUAACUUCAUCUGCACGAGUCAUUGUAGAAUUUGAAUAUGUGAAUUACAACUACUCAUUAAAAGUGUCAGCAAAAAGGAUGGCUGGAAAAAUCGACAGUAGCACUUCUAACAAAAAACACUUUAUUCUGGAAGACCCGUUGACACUGGCGUAUAUUUAAACUCAUUGGCAAUUAUCAAUAAAGUCACCUCACUAACCCCUAUCUUAAAGGGAGAUAAGUUAUCAUUAAUUCAACAUUGUAAUAUGGCAGCGCUCAAUUUGUUUUAUAAUAAUUUCAAACAUUUAUCCAGAAAGCACGGAGUUA